UGCACACUAAGUCUUCCUUCUUGAAGACCUCUUUUCAACACGAUCUCAAGAUCUCAUCAGAGCAGCAUCAGAGUCUCAAAGGUCGCCGAGUUCAGCUUUUGGCACGACCCCGAGCUUGUCAAAAACCAGAGUCGAGCGCAGUCACACAUUUGGUUUGCCUCACAACGACCAACAGACGAUGGCCGACACUCCCAACAAAUCUACUACUAGUAGUCCCAACCCCGCCUUGGAAGCAGACCAAGAACUCGAGAUGCCACCGGUAGACCACGAACUCGAGAAGCCACCGACAGACGACGUUGCGGUCGUUUCCGACGACGCUACCGGUAGUAGUACGGGUACACUGGAAGACUUGAGCAAGGCCGAUCUUGUUUCCUCGAUUCAGCCAUUGCCUUCUGCGCCGCCGCAAGAGGACGAAGAAGCACCGGGUGCUCAUGCAAUUGCUGGGAUUGCCCCGUUUUCUCGCGUUGUGGUUGUUCCCCCCAACAAUGACCGUCCUGAAGAAGAAACAUUGGACAACGGCUCGGAAGACGAGGGAUUGGUGCAAGCGGAACUGGUUACUACCGAUGUGGUCCACGCCCACAAGGUCGAGGAAGAACCUCCAACUCAGGAACGCUCCAGAAUCGUCGUGGUGGUAGCGGCGGCUCUGAUUCUCAUCAUUGUCGUACUGGCGGUCGUUGUGAUUGCUCUGGUAAGUGGUGGCAGGUCCAGUUCCAACAGCAACCGACAGCCCCAGCAGGAGACUAAUAGUACGGACGACCAUGACUGCUUUCAAACAUCCACGGAACUCUUUGAAGCCAUCAACCAGUACUACCAAGAUGACACCCCCGCGUCCUCUGUCGCCCAAACCUACGGUUGGCCCAUUGGCCAGUGGUGCGUGUCCCCGCUCUGGGACUUUUCCUACAUGUUUGCCGCUGACCGGACGCGGGACAUUCUCGUCACGACACUACCCGAACAAGUGCAGACAGCGGCCGAGAACUUUCACGAAGACAUUUCAUCGUGGGACAUGGGCGCCAAUGCCCGCCACUUGGACGAAAUGAUGCGGGGUGUCCAAAAUCUAUCCAACAGUUGGGGCAUUGCCCAAUGGGACGUGUCCCAAGUGACCAGCAUGACGUGUAUGCUGGCGGACACGACAUGGAACCAACCACAGCUGAACUUGAGCUCGUGGGACACGUCCAACGUGCACACCAUGUCGUGCUUGUUGGAGAAUAGCAACGUGGAGGCGGCGGGGUUGGCACAGUGGGAUACGAGCAACGUCACAAACUUGUGGCGAUUUGCCGAAGGUACCACGCACUUUAACGAAGAUCUGAGUCAAUGGAACACGGGGUCGGUCACACAAUUGCGCCGUGCCUUUCGCGGUGCACUCGCGUUCGACCAAAACUUGAGUCAAUGGGAUACAAGCAUGGUCACCGGUCUGAGCAGUGCGUUUCGAUUUGCGGCUAUUUUCAACGGAGAUGUGACGACCUGGGAUGUCUCACGGGUGGAUUCUCUACUGGGAACCUUCCGCGGGGCUCGAAUGUUCAAUCAAGAUAUUGGGGCUUGGAAUGUUUCACAAGUGCGCGACAUGAGAAAUGCCUUUGAAGGCUCGGCGUUCAAUCAAGAUGUCUCGUCGUGGGAUGUUUCCAGUACCACGGCUCUUGUGGGAGCAUUCCGCAAUGCGCAAAACUUUUCCCAGAAUCUAUGUUCCUGGGGGCAGAAGCUUCCUUUCAAUGCCACUACGCAUAUCAUGUUUGAAGGAACGGCAUGCCCCAACACUUCGGCACCGGUCAUCCCGCACGGUCCUUUUUGUUACAACUGCGUGGACUGAACUGAGAGGUUUCUGGUGCUUCCUUCUGUGGUAGCUGGGAGCAUCAACACCUACCAAACAGAAAUAUAACGGGGGCAUCCUGUUGAGGAUGAAGGUUCCACCUGAGACUACCGGUGGUACCGACGGUGGACGGCUGUAACCUAUGCAUCUAUGCAUAAAUCCUUUGGGAAAAUAAAUGAUACUACAUGUACCGGUAGCUAGUACUCCGAGUACAGUAGUCUAACUUAGUAAAUAGAACCGUGCCACUCGAUGAUGUCAGCGCGCAGGUCUUUUUACGUACUCCAUGGACACUCGGGACG